AUGGAGAAAACAGAUGAGUAUUUGACGCAACAUACAAGUGUGGGUGAAUCGGGGGAGAACCCAAUUUGUCGAGGUGAAGGAGGAUCUUCCUUUUGUGCUCUAAACAUGGAGGGCACGCGUGUAGAUAGCUUGAACGAACAUGUUACAGGAAUAAACAUAUCUACAAAGCAGAGUAACAUGCAUGAAGGUGGAGGAACUCCCACAUUAGUAGUCCAACCAGAUGAAGACACAUUCGAAUUGACUUCACCUCUCCCUCUACACAAAAGUGAUAAAGAAUCUAAGGAUGGAAAUGAAGGAAAGGAGACUGAGGAAGAGGUGGACAAUGAGGAUUACCUUUACGUAAGCGAACAUCUUAGAAUAAAAAAAGACAAACAGAUAUUUGUGAGCAACGCUCUGAAUGAUUACAUCAAUGAACACCUGAACUUCUUUAGUACAUGUGACAAAAAAUUUUUUAAAAAUGAAAAUGGAGAGGCAGAGAGGUUUAUGGAAAUUGGAUUAAAUCUGAAGUACUUGAGAUAUAGAGACCGAAUGAAAAGGAAGAAAAGGCGGGUUGUGAAGGGGGGGUCCAAGGAUUCCACUGGUGUUACUUCCUCAGUGGAGGCUAUUACGAGGGAAGAACCCACCAAUGAGAAGGCCUCCUCAUCCGACAGCAGUAGCCUCUUUUCCAGCUUGUCUUUGGAAGACGACCCCUCCGAGGAGAGUUCCUGUACAUCGGACGAGGAUAUACUUGAGAAGUUGCAUUUCGAUAAGGAGUCUUUACGUACCAUGAAAAAGUUAGAACGAUCCAAGAACGAUUAUUUUAAAUACCUGAGCGAUUUGUGUAUCAAGUACGACAUGAUGAGUCGCUUUACUCUUCCCUAUUUUGAGCGGGUGAAAGGAGCCAUUAGGAAUUUUCCUUUUGCACAUAGAUCGAGAAAAGAUAGAUUACAGGGACACAUGGAGACAAUGCAAGCAUUUCUAGAAAAUGAGGAAAACAUCAAGAGGAUUGAGCUAAGUCAGAAGAGGUUGCGAUCUGAUGUGGUUAACUCGAUGUUUGGUUUUCACAUCAUCAGUGAUACUCACCCGAUGAAGGUUCCCAUUAAGGGUGUGAAUCGGUUGGGUGGGGGGGAAAGCGGCUCGACUAUCACCACGUCUACUUGCAACACAUAUAGAUACAGAACUUUGCAGAGCACCAAACGCGUGAAGACAUCUAACCAAAGCGGAAAUGCCUUGAAUGGGGAGGAGGGAACCAAGCGCAGGAGACGACAAGGUGUGACGAAGGUAAAUUCUCAGAGGAAUAGAAUCCACGGGGAGAUGGGGAACGUACAGGAAAGAGACUACCUAAAUGAUUACAUAAAGAAGGUGGAGAGGAAUUCAAAAUUACACAACAAAGUGGGAACUAUCAAGCAGUAUAUUCUACUGUCAAACUGGAAUGACCUGAGGAAUCACCACCACACGGUGAGUGUUCUAUCUGACCAACGAAGGAAUAACGCCAAGAUUCUCGCCAACCUGUGUUACGAACAAAUGAAGUUAAUUGAGGAGAAUAGAAAAAUAAUUAUCGAGAGGCAAGAAAAGGAACGUUUGAGAUUGCUCAAGGAGAAUGAUAUGGAUGCAUAUAUUAAUUUACUGAAAAAUACAAAAAACAAACGGUUGCAGGAAUUGCUAGAUGUAACUGAAGAGUUUUUAGCUAACAUGUCUUCAUGUGUCCUGUGUCAGAAGGAGAGUAUAUUAGAUGUAGAGUCUACGAAUGAACCCACAUCAAUGGAUCCUAUCUACCCCUCGAAGGGUGGAAACAUUACCAUGAAGUCUAAUUACAAGGAUGCGAGAGAGAAGUACCUUCUUGUGUCACAUUCAGUUAAGGAGAAAGUAGUGCAACCGUCUAUCCUUACCGGAGGUACUCUGAUGAAGUAUCAAUUGGAGGGGUUGGAAUGGCUCAUUUCCCUGUACAACAAUAAUUUAAAUGGAAUAUUAGCAGACGAGAUGGGUCUUGGGAAGACCAUUCAGACGAUUAGUCUAUUUGCGUAUCUGAAGGAGUUUAAGUGGGAUGGAAUAUGCAGUGGGAAAAAUACACAUGAUGGUGUAGGAUCUAGACAACGACGAAACCUCGUCAUAGUACCUUUGUCUACAUUGCCAAACUGGAGUAGCGAAUUCGAAGCGUGGUGUCCCUCCAUUAAGGUUAUCACUUACAGAGGAACGAAGAGUGAAAGGAGAGGAUUAUCAAAACAGAUUCUGGAAUCUGAAUACGACAUCUGUCUAACCACUUUCGACUUUGCCAUUAAGGAAAAGGCAUUGUUGAUAAAAAUAUUUUGGACAUACAUAGUGGUAGAUGAAGGGCAUAGAAUGAAGAAUAGCAAGUCAAGGUUCCAUAUUAUUUUAAAGAAUUUUAAAAGUAAGUAUAGGGUACUAUUAACAGGAACACCUCUACAGAACAAUUUGUCUGAGUUGUGGUCUCUUCUCAACUUCCUCUUGCCAAAGAUAUUUUCUUCCUGUCAAGAUUUCGAAAAGUGGUUUAUACGACCAUUACAUAAUGAUAAGGAUAUGCUAGACGUGGCCAUUACAGAAGAGGAGGAACUCCUAAUUAUUAAUAGGUUACAUAGUGUCCUUCUCCCCUUUAUGCUAAGGAGAGUAAAGAAAGAUGUGUUGAAGUCAUUACCGAAAAAGUACGAAUAUAAUGUACACAUAGAUUUGUCUCUGUAUCAGAAAAUGCUUUAUAGGCAGAUUGAGAUGAAGGGGUUCAUGCAAAUUAACAGGAAUGGUUCCAUUACCAACAAGUCCUGUCAAAACGUUAUCAUGGAACUGAGGAAGGUAGUUAACCAUCCAUAUCUAUUCCUUCAAGAGUACAACAUUGAUGAUUUCCUAGUAAAAUGUAGUGGGAAAUUUGAGGUUCUGGAUAGGAUGCUACCAAAACUGCUAAGGUUUCGUCACAAAAUUUUGAUUUUUUCUCAGAUGACCAAGUUGAUGGAUAUCCUUUGCGAUUAUCUGGACUAUCGAGGGUAUCGGUUCCAUCGCCUUGAUGGAAAUAUCGGUUUGCAGGAGAGGAGGAAGAUCAUCGAGCAGUUCAACCGGGAUGGCAGGCAUGACGAUGCUCACUCUGAUGGGGGCGGCCAGGAUGAUUCGGAUGGCGUGAGUGGUACUUUGCAUUGCGACAGGGUGAGUGGUACUUUGCAUUGCGACAGGGUGAGUGGUACUUUGCAUUGCGACAGGGUGAGUGGUACUUUGCAUUGCGACAGGGUGAGUGGUACUUUGCAUUGCGACAGGGUGAGUGGCACUUUACGUAGCGACAGCGUUAGUGGAGCAGGUGUAGAGCAGACGGGGGAUACCGCAGAAGGGAAUUGCAUCAGGGGAGACCUUGUACAUUGUAUUGAGGGUGACCCCCUGGAUGAGCCAAACGGAGGGAAUGACGAAGCCAUGAUUUUCAUGUUGUCUACUCGAUCCGGGAGUCUAGGACUGAACCUACAAUCAGCCGACACCGUGAUAAUCUUCGACAGUGACUUCAACCCCCACCAAGAUAUACAAGCCAUGUGUAGGUGUCAUCGAAUUGGACAAAAGAACAUCGUGAAGGUUUUUCGAUUCAUCACACUAUCUGGAGUAGAAGAACUCAUUUUCCAAAGGGCGCAGGAUAAAUUAACUAUCAACGAUAAGGUCAUACAAGCAGGUCUGUUCAAUAAGAUAUACAGUGAUGAAGACAGAAAGAACAAGCUUAAAAAUAUAUUCCAAAGGAAUCAGAAGGGACAAGUGACGGCGCAGUCCACCAACCCACUGGUACUGAACUACUACAUGCAGAGAUCAGACGAGGAGUUGAAGUAUUUUCUCGCAUUCGAUGAGAGGUACUUCGGUUCCGAGUUCUACGCACAUCUGGAAACUCUCAAGCGGGAGAAGCCAGACGCGGCGCAGUUCACGUAUAUGAGUGAGGACGAGGAGGGGAACGGCAAAAUUGGAAGUGCUCAAGUGGACAGCGACGGGAUGGUUGGCGACCGAGUGGAAGAUGAUAAAGUGGAAGAUGAUAAAGUGGAAGAUGACCAAGUGGAAGGCGGAGAACUACCUCGCAAGGAACCGCCCAUAGGAGAAGCCCCCUCGUGGGCGGAAGAACGGAGCUCGAUUUUGAAGGAGGAAAACCAAAACGAAAUCGAGAAGGUUUUAAUAAAAAGCAGGAAGCUUGUAAACAAGGACGAACUUCCGUCGUAUCUAUUUUACGACGACACGAACGACGGGAUCGAGGUGGAGUUCAAGAGGACACGCAAGCAAAUUAACGUACACCUUAUGCAGGAGGAGAAUCUCUCCAACGUGGAGUUUCUGCAGAUGAUUGAUUCAGGGGUGGAAGAGGAAGUGAUGCGCAGCGACGCUGUGAUGGAGGCGGAGAUAAUUGAAGGGGCGAAGGGUGAACAAAUCAAGGGUGAAGAAGCGAAGGGUGAAGAGGGGAAGGGUGAACAAAUCAAGGAUGACGAGGGGAAGGGUGAAGAUGCAGAGAAUGCGCCGACGAAUGGCGACCUACUAAAUGACGACCCGGCUAAUGAUGAGGACCCGCCAGAUGCUGCACCCCCCCUGGGCACGUACACCAGUGACUCACCGCACAGAAAAAGAAGUCCGUACAACUUUAGACGCUCGGGCACCACGGAGCGAACAUACAGUACCAGUAAUGGGCGGACUAGCGAAGUCAGUAGCGUACCUUCACAGAGGGGAAAAAGGAAAUCAAAGAGCCCAGGUGAGGUACGUCUAAAUCAGGAGAAAAGGAAAAGGAAAAGUAGGGGAUCGACAUAG